AUGCCUAGGACAAAGUGGUGGAAACUGGCAGAUAGAAAUGCCCAAAACGAGUUUGCUAGCGCAGCAAGGGUUAGGCUCACCUUGAGAGAGAGUGAAGGAAGUCAGAACUGGGAGACUGUGACAGAGGACUUAAGGCAGUUGGGAGUGGAACUCUUGGGGAGAACAUCAGGAAAAAGCAAGACGGACAAGGAAACAUGGUGGUGGAAUGAGGAGGUACAACAACACAUCAAGAUAAAGAAAGAAACCCAAAAGAUCUUAGACCAGGAGAACAACGUAGGAAAUAGAGAGGCCUACAAGAUUGCCAAGAAAGCAGCCAAGAGGUAUGUAGCGAGAGCAAAAGCAAAGGCCUAUCAAAGAUUAUAUGACGACAUGGAAACCUUAGAUGGACAAAAUUGUGCACUGAGGAUUGCUAUGCAGAGGGACAAGAAUUCAAAGGACAUAUACCAGACAAAGCUAAUCAAGGACGAAGAAGGCAACGUCCUGGUAGAGGAUGCAAUGAUUCUUAAUAGAUGGCGAGACUACUUUAGCAAGCUUCUGAAUGAGGAAAAUCAAAGAAUGAAAAGGCAGGAGCCCCAGCGAAGCGUAGAAGAAAUACCGGAGAUCGCGUUAGAAGAGGUGGAGAAUGCUCGGAAAAAGAUGAAAAAUGGCAAAGCAGUUGGCCCAGACAAUAUACCAGUAGAGGUUUGGAAGUGUCUAGGAAAAACUGAAGUGGAGUAUCUAACGCAUGGAUUUAACAACAUCAUGAACAUAGAGAGGAUACCAGAGCAAUGGCGGAGAAGCACAAACAUACCAAUAUUCAAGAAUAAGGGGGGUAUCUUGGCCUGUGGAAACUUCAGAGGCAUCAAGCUUAUGUGUCCAAACAUGAAGAAAUAUGAAAGGAUACAUGAUAAGCGCCUAAGGGGUAUUGUGUAG